AUGUGCGUCAGCAACAGCGGGAGCGAGGACUGGGUCCAUCGCGGCCGCAGCCUGGCCGGCGUCCAGCGCGUCGCAGUGGCCGAUGGAGGCACUGCCACUGCGCUCCUGCAAGACAGAGGAGGGCUGCUGGUGCCCGAGCUGGAUGCCUGGGAGAUCUCGGCAACGCCUCCCGCCGCUUGUCUGGGUUCUCGGGACCACGAGGCUUCCCGGAGCCAAUCAGCCCCACUGGCUCUCACCGUGUUUGUCCUGGUCUUCAAGCUGUGCCCAUUCCUGAGGACAAGGGUCUUCAAGAUGGACCAGCCCACCCCCUUCUUUACAGACAAGAAGCAGGCCCAGCCUGAGAAUGGACGAAGGGACCGGCAUAGCGGGAAGGCUGUUUCCCUAAUCCGAUUGAGGGUCUCCCGGCAGCCCAGCUGGUGCCAGCGCGGCAGCACGGCCAGGAACAGACAGGAUGUGGCUCUGGGGGGCUUCUGUUUCUCCAGCAGCGGCCGACGAGGGCGGAGCGUGCUGGGCGUUGGCUCCUUCACGCUCGCUGGGUCUGACGAGGUUCUGUCCCCCCUGGAGUCUGACCUGGAGUCUGGUGGCCACCGCUGGCAACCACUGGGGCCUCAGACCACACCCCACAGGCCACCGAGCUGGGCCGUGGCCCACUGCUUACGGCCCCCACCCAGCCCUCAGAGGCAGCGAUCUUCACUGCCCGUGGUCGGCGAGAUUAAUACCUUCAUGUCCUUUGUGUUCCCCAUGGUGGUCAUCUCCAUUCUGAACACCAUCAUUGCCAACAAGCUGACCAUCAUGGUCCGCCAGGCAGCGGAGCAGGGCCAGGUGUGCACAGUUGGGGACCAGCACAGCUCAUUCAGCAUGUCCAUUGAGCCUGGCAGGGUCCAAGCCCUGCGGCACGGCGUCCGGGUCUUACGGGCUGUGGUCAUCGCCUUCGUGGUCUGCUGGCUGCCCUACCACGUGCGGCGCCUCAUGUUCUGCUACGUUUCCGAUAAGCAGUGGACCCCGUUCCUGUACGACUUCUACCACUAUUUCUACCUGCUGACCAACGCGCUGUUCUACGUCAGCUCCGCCGUCAACCCCGUCCUCUACAACCUGGUCUCCGCCAAUUUCCGCCAGGCCUUUCUGUCCACCCUGGCCUGCCUCUGUCCCCUGUGGGGGCGCAGGAGGAAGCGGCCAGCCUUCUCCAGGAAGACCAACAGCGUGUCCAGCAACCACACCUUCUCCAGCAACGUCACUCGGGAGACCCUGUAUUAGAGCCGGGCGGGGGGCCCGAGGAGGGGCUGGGAGGGCAGGGGAGGGGGCUGCCGCUUGGUCCCCACCCCCCCACUCCGCAGCCCCCCACCCCCGGAGCAGGAAUGGGGCUUAGCAGAGGCCUGGGACCUGGCACCCUCCUCCAGAGGCCCCCAUUUCUCUCAGCAUCUCCCUCAGCACCCCCACCCCUCGCUCAGCGCCUCUUUGAAAGCUAGGGAGAGAUCGCUCCUCUCCCAGAUCCAGAAAGGCCUUUAAUGAGAAGAAAUAAGCGGUGGGUGAAAAGCAGACUUCUUUGUUCCCACACCACUGGGUGUUUCGAGAGGACAGAAAUGAAAGGCACAGGUCGGGCUGGGCGGGCGUGAGGAGCAGGCGGCCCCGAGAGGCGGGGGGGCUGGGAGGAGGCCGGCCGGCAGGGCUGCCGCGGUCCUCGGGGUGAGGAGAGGGCCUCGACCCUCGUGUGGGAUGACAGGCACCCAGACUCCCACCUCAGCAAGGGCGACCCCCAGGAAGCUUCGAGGUGCCCCGAAGGACAGCUGGGGGUCGGUGGGUCAGGCACCGGCCAGACCCAGGCCUCCCCCUCCUCCUCGCCAAGACGGCCAGUCUCUGCAGGGACGCCGGCCGUUGGGAGCUCGGCCUGAGUGUCCUCUUGGCUUGGCAGAGGCAAGGCCAGGUCAGCGGAGUCUUGCCUCCUCACCCCCUCCCGGCGGCCCAAGCCAGGCCAGGGACGUCGCCGUGCGCGCGCUCGUUUCUGCUGCGUGGGUGAGCUUCCUGAAGGGAAGGGAGGGCUCCCUGAAGCGCAGAGGCGAGGGCCAAGUCACAGAGAGAUGCCAUUUGUGGGGGUCACAGGUGAGGAGAAGGAACCAUGGGUACAGGCAGCCCUCAGGCCAGCGGCCAGGCCGAGGCCCAGCGUCAUUUGUCACGGCCGCGGGCAGCAGCCCCGGGCACCCGGAAAGGCAGGCACCUCCUUGAUCUGUAAGAGCCGGUCUCCAGACAGGAUGGCCUGGUCCUGGCUUGGCCCUAGAAGGUCCCCUGAGCCAAGGGAAGACAGAUCCCAGAUGAGCUGAAGCUGGGAGCAGCAGAAGGGCCCAGAAAAUGA